GCGCUUUCGCAGGCGAUGGAGCGGUUAGAAGGCGUCAUGGUAAAUGCUCAUCAUGUGCGAGAAAAAAAUGGAGGCACUGACGUCAGCUUGCGAGAGGAAGCGCGAUGCUCGCGGUAACGUGAGCACAGAGCUCGCCCAAGUGCGAAAGUGCAGGACCAUUCUUAAGGUCGUUCGUCUUCAAAGAGAAAUCCUCCAGCUGUCGGAGAAAGAGACGCAACUAGUGGAAGAAGAACAUAAGUUGCGUCUCGAAGAAGACGUCCUAGCGCAUGAGGUAGAAACGAAGCGUUCGAGGUACGAGCGGCUCUGUAUGGGUACACAGAAGCUGGUGCAGCAGUUGACGCAUGUACAUAAAUGCCCGGGGAAAGGUGUGUGUGAAUAGUUAAGUGUAGUGAAGUGUAAUGUUAUAUAGUACUGUUCUAAUCUACUACUAAUCCACUUAUGAUAAGACAAAGCCCCACUCUUGUAAUAUACCCCUACUAUAAUACUAAGAUAGGAAUAACCUAUAUA